GAGCUUUUCAGACAGGCCGACGAAAAAAAAGGAUUGCAAGAAAAAGUUGUGAAUUUGUGAAUUACGAUAGUGGCAAAGUACGCAGGACAUCCGAAGCAGAAAGUGUUCUGGAGUGAGACCUGGAGUGAACCUAAAGUUUAGACUCUAGAAUGGACUUUAGUCCUGUGAUGGUUUGGCUGAAUAACGUCAUAUCUGCUGCAGAAACUACCCUUUCCUCUUUGUGAAAGAGAAAAGGAGAAAACUUCAUAAGCGGACAUACUUCCUCUUCUUGGCUCUGCGCUCAAUUAUUGGGAAAUCUGCAGAGUUUCGCAAUCCACAGAGCCAACCAUGAAGCUGCAUGCAAAGCAGUCUUUCUUCUUCUUAAUAUCAUUUUUAUUCAUCUAUGUUGUUGCAGAUCUUCAGGCACCUGCAGUCCACACAAAGCUCGGGAGCCUGAAAGGUGAGUAUGUGAGUGUGAAAGGGAAGGAGACUGGCGUCCAUGCAUACCUGGGUGUCCCAUUUGCCAAGCCACCCCUUGGCCCUUCCUUGAGACUGGCUCCACCUCAGCCUGCAGAAAGAUGGGAAGGAGCAAGAGAUGCCACUAAACAGCCACCAAUGUGCAUUCAGUCUAAAGAAGCUGUUUUGGAUCUGGUUGAUAAACUCGGUGGACUGCUGGCAGAAAUACCAGACAUCUCUGAAGACUGUCUUUACCUCAACAUUUACACUCCUGCAAACAGAGCUAAAAAUGCCAAGUUCCCAGUCAUGGUCUCAAUCCAUGGUGGGGGCUUUACGCUGGGAUCAGCUUCAACAUAUGAUGACUCUGCCUUGGCUGCUUACCAAGAAGUGGUUGUGGUUCUGAUCCAGUAUCGCUUGGGAAUUCUGGGUUUUCUCAGGUAAAUAAACUCCAUCCAUCCAUAAUCUCUCCAACGGGUUGCCCCCAGCUGCCUUCUUCCAAGUGGAACACUGGGAGCCCAGAACUCCUCACCAAGGAGGUGUCCAGGAGGCAUCUAGUCAAAUGCCUAAACCACCUUAACUGGCUCCUUUUGAUCUGGAAGAAGAGUGCUCCUAGUCCAUCCUGAAUGGCCAAACUCCUCAUGCCAUCUCUAAGAGAGAGGGCAGCCACCCUUGGGAGAAAGCUCAUUGUCACAGCACCAAUCUGUCCAUAAAAAUUAUGAACAGAAUCUGUGAUAAAGGGCAACCGUGGUGGAGUCCAGCACCCCCGAGGAACAAUUACGAUUUAUUGUCAGCAAUGCAAACCAAGCUCUUGCAACAGUUCUAUAAGGACAGAAUGAACCAUGACAAUGGGCCUCACGCCCCCAUAUUACUGAAGCAUCUCACAGAAGAAUACUCUGAAGGACUUAACUGAAGGCCUUCUCCAAGUCAACACAACCAAUGGCUGGUUGGGCGAACUGCGAUAGACCCUCAAAUAUCCUCGAGACGAUAGAGAGCUGUGUUCCGCACCCAGUAGAAAAACCACAUUGUUCCUACAGUUCUAGCAGUUCAACUAGCUGACAAACUCUCUAUUCCAGUACCCUGGCAUUGAAUUUCCUCUGAAGGCCGAGUAGUUUGAUCCCUAUAUACAGUAGCUGGAGCACACUCCAGUCCCCCUUAUGGAAGAUGGGAAGCACAAUUCCAGUCUGCCAAUCCAGAGGUACAGCCCCUGAUCUCCACGCAGCAUUGUAGAGGCGUCUCAACUAAGACAGUCCUACAAUAUCCAUAGCCGUAAGGAACUCAGGACGACCCUCAUCCAUUCCAGGGGUCCUGCCACCAAGGACAUGUUUAACUGCCUCAGUGCCCCACUUGUCCCCAGACUUUACUUCUGCUAUGGACGAUGAUAGAGUUGUAUUGUUGAUUGUCAUUUAUGCUUAGAAACAUUUACUCAUUUAUGCUUAGAAAUAUUUAACCAUAGAUGCUUAG